GAAUUUUACUGAACUCCAAAGAAACAAUCGUUAGUGCCCAGUCAAGCAUCCCUUGCUAGUGACUGCAUCAUGAACAAAUAUAGAGGGCUGCAAAGCUUCUUAGGACAGAGCCCGCUUACGAUUCCCUUUCUGUGCACAGCAUCCUCAAAUAGACCACACAAAGAUACUUAAGCCAAAAUCCCUCCCUGGUAUUUAAUUCUAAAUGAGUAAUUACUGGGUGUGUCAGUGUGUCUUAGGUUUGCAGGUAGGUUGGGUGAAGGAGCUCAUUCUUUCACUGGCUUUUGAGAGUCCCGCAACUUGAGACCGGCCGCAGACACACUGCACCAGUUCCUUUGGGAGUUGCUGAAGAACCCAGUCGCGUAAGAGGGGGCCAAGGCCGACCACAUACAGCCGUCAAGAUGUGUGACAUGGGGGGACUGGAUAACCUGGUGGCCAACACGGCCUACCUCAAAGCCCAGGGUGGUGAUGACAAGGAGAUGAAAAAGCGCCGUCGGAGCUUGUCUCUGCCAAAGCCGGAGCAAUGUGCUGCAGUGCGAACCUCCAUCGAUAAGGACUUUACAUCACUGUGUGAACAACAGCCUAUUGGCAAAAAGUUUUUCCGUCAGUUCCUGGCAAACAAUCCCCAGUUUAAGCUCGCCGCUGAUUUCUUAGACGAGUUUUACGAUUGGGAUCUGGCUGAAGGUGCAGUCAAAGACAAGUCGCGUCAGAACAUCAUCAAAAAGUUUUGCAAAGCUGACUCUAAAGACUUCUUGGCCUUUCUCACUGGGGAGGCUGCCGAAAAAUGCAAGGCAGUGACAGAUGCUAACUUCGAAGAGGUGAUGAAAUCCAAAAUCCAGGAAGGUGUGAGAGAGUAUUUGAAGGGAAUACCCUUUACAGAUUACCAGGCCAGUCCAUCCUUUGAUAAAUUUCUCCAGUGGAAGGAGUAUGAGAAGCAGCCCAUCAGCGACAAGUACUUCUAUGAGUUCAGGACUCUGGGAAAAGGUGGCUUUGGAGAGGUCUGUGCCGUACAAGUGAAAAACACUGGUCAGAUGUACGCUUGCAAGAAGUUGUGUAAAAAGCGACUGAAGAAGAAGGGCGGUGAGAAGAUGGCCCUUUUGGAGAAAAAGAUCUUGGAGAAGGUCAACAGUCUCUUUCUGGUCAACUUGGGCUACGCUUAUGACACCAAGACCCACCUGUGCCUUGUCAUGACCUUGAUGAAUGGAGGAGACCUCAAGUACCACAUCUACAAUAUUGGCUAUGACGGCAAGGGCGUGGACAAGGGCAUUGAGAUGAAGCGCAUCGUUCACUACACGGCCCAGAUCACCACCGGUAUUCUUCACCUGCAUGCCAUGGAUAUCAUUUAUCGUGACAUGAAGCCUGAGAACGUGUUGCUGGACAGCGUCGGCCAGUGUCGACUUUCAGAUUUGGGUCUGGCCAUAGAGAUCGCCCCGGACAAAACUGUCACUCAAAUGGCUGGUACUGGAGCAUACAUGGCACCAGAGCUUCUGAACAAAACUCCAUACAGAACAUCAGUGGACUGGUGGGCGCUGGGUUGCAGCAUUUACGAAAUGGUGGCCGGCUACACGCCUUUCAAAGGGCCUGAUAGUAAAAAGGAGAAGGUGGAGAAGGAGGAGGUGCAACGCCGUAUUCUCAACGAGGAACCCAAGUGGGAGCACAAGUGUUUUGAUGCUACCACGAAGGACAUCAUCCAGCUGUUCCUCAAGAAGAAUAUAGCUGAGCGUCUCGGCAUGAAGGACAACAUGGCAGAUCCCAGGAAGCAUCCGUGGUUCAAGACCAUAAACUUUCCCCGUCUGGAGGCUGGCCUGGUGGCUCCUCCGUGGACACCCAAGCCCAACGUGGUCUACGCCAAGGACACGGGCGACAUCGCCGAGUUCUCCGAAAUCAAAGGCAUCCAGUUUGAUGCCAAGGAUGAAAAAUUCUUCAAUGAGUUCAGCUCAGGCGCCGUGCCAAUCCAGUGGCAGCAGGAAAUGAUCGAAACGGGACUGUUCGACGAGCUCAACGAUCCCAACAGGAAAGAGGGCGGCGGAGAUGGGGAUGACGAAAAGAAGUCCGGUACUUGUAUAUUGCUCUAAGAGGGACUCCUUGUUCAUUUUUCAUGUCACAUGCACAUUUAUAAUAUUUUCAAAUAUGUACAGUGUCAUUUGUCUGAUGCAUUUCAACGUCUCAUCUAAAGGAUGAGCUCUCGUGUUCCCGAGGCAUCGGAAUGAGGAACUUGGGUCAGUGACAGAGACGCGUCGGCGGUAACGAAAAAAAUCUGUAAAACCAAAAGUUUGCAAAUUGCCAAUCAAUCAAACAAUAUGGCAGCAAAGUAUGAAUGAAGGCAGGCAGAGUUUAUUUGUAUAGCACUAUUCUAAUUUCAAAGCAAAUCUGGAGUGCUUUACAGAGCCAAAUAAAUUUUAAAAAGAUUAAAUGAUAAGAUGAAUGUCACAAUAAACCCCGACUUAAAAGCAGGAUUAAUGAAAAGACUCGAAAAGAAAUGACAAAACACAUGUAAACUCUUUGGAUUUAUAAAAAUGCAAACUUUAGAUCCAGCUCUUCCGUACAUGGCAGAAAUUUUAUAAUGCCACAUAAAUAUUGAAAUAGUUCACCAAAAAAGAGUCCAGGUUGAAUAGAAUCAUAGCAGGGGUGGCAAAAGUACUCAGUUUCUGUACUUAAGUAGAAAGACAGAUACUUGUGUUGGGAAAAAAAAAAGUACUGAUUGCUUAAGAAAUAUUUGCUUUCUCCGAAUCUGUUGCUUUUCACAUUCCGCCUUAUAUAAUCCCAAGAUCUCAACUCAUUCAACAUCAGACUGCGGUUGACUUCUAUUUCUCUCUUUUUUACAUCGUCAUCCUCAGAGAUCGAAAUAAAUUACCAGCUUUUUUUUGGCAAAGUAAGGAAUAAAAGUACAGAUAUAUUUGUAAUGUAAGGAGAAAAAGUUGUUAGAAAUAUUGAAAAAAAAAAAAUCUCUAUUUGUAAUUAUUUAUUUUUUUUUACACACAAUUCUGGAUGGUCUGAUAGACGUCAAAGUUGAAGCAUACCCUGGCAGGCCUUAUGAUGCCAUCCAUCAUAAGGACACACACCAAGAAAAGUGCUUUUUAACUGCUGUAGCUGGAGUGCAGUUCAAUCUUAAACCUCUGGCCUCUUUGUUGAACCUUGAAUUGUACUAUAAAAGCA